UCGAGUCGGACGCACACCGUCUAUACCGCACACCGCAUACAAAAUAGCUACGUUCACCGAUCGCAUCGCCUGCUGCCCCCCUCUCUCCGUGUGUAUUUAAGCGAGCGUGCGGCGAGUAUUUCGGGUUUACAGUUACUAACGAGCCAUAUGCCGUAUGCCAUAUGCCAUAUGCUGUAUGCGCUUGAAUGCCAAAUUUAAUUGCCGCUCUUUGCAUGUUCAGUCAUUAAUCUGGAAAAUACGACUUUCGUUUUUCCCAGCGACUUUCAUUUUGUUCGCGUUUCGAUUGCCCGACUACUUGCCAUUGAAAAAAGUGUCAAAAUAAGGGCGCUAAUAGAUCCAAAAAAUAUAUAAGUCAGUCGAGCUAUACGGUCGAUUUUUAUUUUUGUUUUUUUGUUAUUGUAUUGUGAAACGUGUGUUCGAAUUCGCGCUAAUUUUGCUUGAUUAUGGCUCUCAUGGACACCGCCUGGCGCUGCCGCCUGAUGAUCUUCGGGAUCGUUUCCCUGCUGCUGGUGGGCGACCUCUUCGGCUACGGCGGCGGCAUGAAGUCCGACCACGGCGACAACCAUUCGGUGGGCGUGCGCAGCGGUGCCGUGGCCGGGGCUGGCGCCGCCAGGGCCGGUGCUCCUGGCGCCCCCACAGGUCCAGGCCCAGCGGCUGCGGCAGCCAGCAAGUUCCAGCAGUCGAAGAGUGCCGAGAUCGACAUAACCGAAGAGCACGACUUCAAUGAGUUCUCGGCGGCGGCCGCCCUCAAGCCGGGCAUGGCCGUGGUGACUGGAGCCAGCCUGAAGACCAAGUCCCAGCUGACGGACACCAUCAAGGAGUCCUGCCUGCCCAAGAUGCUCUGCGAACUGGCCUCGAAGCCGGACUACCAGCUCAGCGAGAAGGAGCGCGAGCUGCUCAGGUUGAUCAGAUCACCGACCAUGCCCUGGAUGAUGAACAUGCCGCCGAGCAAGUGGUACUUUGCCGCCCACAUGGGGGAGCUGAUGCGCCACACCGGGGACAACCUGAGCGGACCGAUGGGCUGUGCCAACCUGUGGCCCAAUUGCCCGAUCAGCUCCAAGAAGCUCAUGAAGCUGAGCUACAAAGUCAAGGUCUAGGACUGUGAUCCGACCAUGUGAUCCGAUCCAUCUGAUCUGCAAUGACAAUGAUUGUCUGUCUAUCUAUAUAUUAGAGCAUUAAGUAUUAGAGAUAGAGACCUCAGCUU